UUUGUUUAAAAUAGGGACGCCAAACCCAACACGUUAAACUUUACGACAUGGAAAUAUAAAAAAGACGACAUUGGAUACAGGAAUAACACGACACUCGGACAAUUGACAAGGCUGGGGAAGGUUCCUUUUUAUCUUGGUCAUAGGUUUCUCACAGGAAUAUCACUCGAAGUUAACGGAUUGCGCGAGAGGGAAGUGUGUGAAAGCAAUGCCGAAAGGAAAAGGCGUUGGCCCGUACCAAGCUGACCCAAGGAAAGGUUCAUUCAGUGCGAAAUGUUUGAUUUGAAUAAAGUGAUCCACUUACUAUCUCAAGAAAGGAGAUGCUUAUCUCUUAAAUAUAAUGUCUCUGCAGGCGAUGGUGAUGUCCUACCGAGGAAACGUGUUAACCGUUCGCCUAAACUGCCUACCACCUCUAGCUCAAUGAGAUUUUCGGAUCAUGCAAUCAUUUGGUGCUAUCUGGUGAUUGAAAUAUAAAUGAGGCUUUAAAAACGCAUCACAAAUUGAAUUAAAAAGCAAUUUUUCGCGUGCAGAUUCGGCUUGAAGAAGCCACAAAAUUACCAAACCUCCAUCGGAAUGGAAUUAUGAAUUACCAUUUUAAAAAUGAGAUCAAAGGUCUAAUGGAUCCAUGCUGUGAAAAUUGAACGUAAAUCUCUCCUACAUGAAUAAUGUCAUCGAUACCUGCACUAAAUUGUUAAUCCAUCUUUUUGAUAAAACUACAUGUAUGUGACAGCCAUUUAAUGUCGAGAUUCGUUCCAAGCUUGACACAUGAACAGUUCUGAAAGGAAAUGUAUUUUCAUUCACUGAUGAAUUCUUUAUGCUGUGACAUUUGGUAUAACCGGCUUGGUUUGUUGAAUUAAGGCCGCAUAUCAUUCUGUGAUUCGAGUUUCUCGUAACAUGGGCCUGGUAUAACCAACUGAAAUCAAUUCACGUGAACUACCUCAGGAAUUUAGUGUUUUCAUUACAGUCACCAUGGGUCUUGAUGUAAAACUAUUCAAAGGAACCGUAGACGAGGAUCUCAUCUGCCCAGUCUGUAAUGGCGUCUUCGUCGAUCCGGUGACGCCAUCUUGUCAACAUAUCGUCUGCUCCGGGUGCGUGAGAACGAGGCUGAGACGCGGGAGGGACACGUGCAUCGUGUGCGAAGGAAAACUCGUCGAGAAGAAUGGAAAACCGCCGCAGAAUCUCAGCAUUAAACUUUUAACUCUUGAUAUGAACUGUGUAAACGGGUGUGGCAAGAUUGUCCAUCUCGGUGAACUGCCUGACCAUGUCAGUGACGAAUGCCCGAACGCCAUGUUGCUUUGCCCGAAUCGCCGCCGUGGCUGUCAAUCAAAAAUCAACAGGAAGGAUGUAAACAAACACAUGGAACACUGUCUGUACAGGUUUGUUCAUUGUGAAGCUUGUGGGUGUCGGACAAUGCAGUUUGAUUUGUUUACCCAUCAGAGAAAGAAGGGAUGCUUGGCGCUGAAACUUCGCCAGGACGUGAUGAGGAGCCGUAGGGCGUCGUCUGCGGCGAUUAAACUCCAUCGUCUGCAUCUGAAGGAUGUUGAUAUCGAGGCUCAUCAGGAGACAAGGCGGCUGGUAAAGGAGCGGACAUGUUCAGCCUCCUCCAGCCGCCUCUCGACGCCAAUGCGGCGGGGUUCUACAGGAAGAUGGUCCGAGACCACAUGUGGCACGCCCGACUCACUUGAUGGAGAGAUUAGCCCAAGCGGAUGCUCCUCGCCGAGAUCGCCGUCCGCCAUGUCAUGGAGACCGGUCACCCCCGUAGAUGACUCGACUUCAACUUGCAUGAGAUGCGACCGGGUGUUUAAACUUGCCAAAAACGGUGAUCGGGCUUGCCAGUGGCACCUCGGUGUAAGUUGGACGUUACAUAAUUCUGUCCGCAGGAGCUCACGAUUUCUUCUUCUGAUUGCCAAUACAUAAGACGAAAGUCACUAAAAACGCAUUUCAAACAAAGUUCCCGUGAGACGUGAACAACAUCCGUCCUGAGGAAGCCACUUUUGACAAUGGUAUAAAACUGACGACAAUCUCCUGGGAGACUGAAAGCAUUCGCAUGUACAGUAAGCAUGUAGAAAAUGUUCCGAGAUAGACGAAUUUGAAUCCAUGUUACAUGUAUAAUUGGUCUUUCCUUUUCAUGUGACUGGCCCACUUGACCUUGACUGCAUCUAACAGCCGGUGAGUUUGUCUAUCAAAAUAUAGUUUAAGUUUUGAACAGAUUUUGAAAUCAGUUGAACCUUUGAACUGAAAUCAGAUCAAAAGUAAAACAAGGGUGAGCUAGAGGUUGCGGAUCGUCCCGACUUCUACGCCCACCGAGAUCAACUGGGAGUGGGUGUCGGGAUGACGAAGGCAGAACGGAAGACGGGAUUCCAUGCUAUUACGCAUCGGCAUGGAACAACAACUCCAAAAUGGCCGCUGCUUUCAAGAUGGCCACCUGAUAGGCCCAUUGGUACGAGUACUUCGUCCUUGUAUUCCUUAUUCCCUAUUCUCUUUUUCAUCUCACUUGAUUUCGUCGCGGAAACACUAAAUAGAUCGUAAGUAACCAUUUUAUUGUUACAAGUAUGAUCUUUAGUCAAGGCUGGGGCGUAUGAUUUUAAAAUUAAAAAACACCCUCACCCAAUCAGAAUAACGAUGCAUUUCCUUCAAAACACUAUGACACCAUGUCCUAAGUUAUUGACCGGCAUAUCAUUAGUUAUAUAGCCAAGACAAAUGUAUCAAUGUGCCCCUUGAAAGCCUUCGUUCACCACGUUCACCGUCUAAACUGCUGGUUGACUAAUGUCAUUUGUAUCUCUUUUUCAACUCUAAUUGGAAACGAAGGCGGAAAUAUUCGUAAGUAUAUUUAACAAUUUCAUUAAAAUGUGGCAGUUUUUAUCAAAUAACGAAAUAAACUACACCCAUUUGCCUCAGAUGGAAAAGCCGUGAUAAAUCAACAUGUGGUGCAACAUUCUACCAAUUUUCAAGAAACGAUCAAGGCUGCUCCAUUGCUUUUACAGAUUUGUAACUCUCUGCUCUGCAGUAUCACCUUGCGAACACAUAUUAAAGGAUAUUCUCAGCUGAGAUAGUGGAGUUACUUUCGUCAUUGUGACAUUUGUUUUCUUGUAGCGGUACUUAUAUCAAUAUCUCCUCUCUAUUUUCAUACAUCGUUGACAUUUCCACGGAUACUUACAUACAGGGUGUAAGUACUUUUCGCAUCAUGAUUGAUAUCACAAGAGUAGAGUUAACUAUCUGCUGUAUGUGUGGGUUUAAAUAAACAAAUGCAACGAUUCCAGUCUAUUCAGACGUUUCGUAUAAUUGGUACUUUUUCAAUGAAUGCUGUAUGGCCACCGAUCAUUAUUUGAAUAAGUGUUGCCAUCUCGAAAAAGAAAUUCAUAUUCGGCUUACUGAAGUCCGUUUCUUUGACGAGGUUAACUUGUAUCAGUUUGACGGACUGCUCAGCUAAUUGUUGGCAACAUGUCCCACCCGUUUGAUGGUGGUAGGAGUGGGCACUAAGAUAAUGCUAUUCAGUGAAAGAAGGGCGGAUAUUCCUUCGGUACAAAGACUAAUUCCUCCUCUUUUUCCUUUCAUGUUUACCUUUCGUUCAUCAACAACAUGAACACAAACAGGGGACGUGUUCAACGUGCGGACGACAAGACCACCAAAACGGAUGUGCAUACGGACACCAUAUCGUCGGACAUUGAGACUCCACCGGUGAAGCCAUCAAGCUGUUCAAAAUCAUUGUAAAACCAAGGUCCGAGACAACAUGUUUAUAUAGUUAUGUUAAAUAAGAACCUCAUAUCCCAGUGUUUUACCAUAGUGAUUCCAUGUAUUACCAACCUGAACUUUUGAAACGCACAGAUCUCCUUGUUAUAGUGAAUUAGUGGUCGUGAUUUACCAUGCUGACGUUAGGCCUCUCUUGGUCGGAAUGGUGAAUCCUAGAUGCAUAGAGUAUAUAUAACUUACCGCUUUGUAACCAGUUCAUACCCUUUAUAAAAUUUCAAGGUUGCCGUGAAUGUAAAGGUCCAUAUUCAAAGCAAUAAAACUGUGAUAUAUGUAUGACCCAGUUGACUUUAAUUCCAAGGUACUGUUAUUAAACAGAUAGAUGUAAUUGGUCUA